GGGGAAGGGAAGUUCUGGACAGUUGAGUGCGCCAUGAAACAGCAGACGGCGAGAGCGCAGCAGAGCCAGAGCAGAGGUCAGCUCGUCGACGCCGCGAGGCGAGUCGAUGUGGAGGAUUGCGCACGCGAAUCGGGAAAGGGAAUCAACGAGGAGAGCGAGAGAGACGCUGUGGCAAUUCACCGCAAUCGCAAUUCACCCGAUUCUGCGUCGGCGCUGUGUCCACUUGCGAUCUUGUAUGACAACUUGAGGGCCACCACGGGAGGAGAAGACCAUAGCGCAGAGCAGAGCGGAGCGGAGCCGAGUGCAUUUUGAACGUAUGUAGAAAUCGAAUUCGGACGGGAGAAGACAGGCGCUGCGGAAAUCAGAUCGGAUCCGAUCACAUCAGAGCAGAGCAGAAAAGUAGAUGCCGCAGCAUAUUCGCCGUGUGCUUUCGCCUAUGCAAGCGACCUCGCAGGCCGACAGUGCAGGAAACCUCGGGCGAGGCAGGGAGGAGUAGAACAGACGGAGCGCAGGCCCGCAGUGUGGCUCGGAGUUUGGGCAGGCCGACGGGAGGGAUUCGGAGGGGAGAGGCGAGGCGAGGAGAGACAGGGCUCAGAUUGAGAUUGAGAAGCAGGUGCAAUCGCAGUGAGGUAGAAUAGACUCGGAGGGGAGGGAGUGAGGAUUGCCGGGGAGAUAAAUCAGGGCGCGGGAGCAUCACAGAGCUCGAAUUGGUGUAGACAGCGGCAGCGGCAGAUCAAAAUCUUCGUUUCGGGAGAGGAAUUGCUUUCUGCACGAGAAAUUGGAAAGGGCGGAGGGUGCAUGCGGCGAUGGGGCAGGAGGAGAGGGCGCUGAGGGAGGAGGGGCGCUUCGAGGUGCCGCCGUUCCCGUGGGGCUUCGAGUCCGAGGAGGAGCACUACAAGCGCCGGCGAGUGGAGAACCGGCGGACGAGGAUGAGGACGGCGCGCGGCGUGGACAUCUUCACGCAGACGUGGACGCCGACGGACCGCGAGCCGACGGCGCUGAUCUGCAUGGUUCACGGCUACGGCAACAACACGAGCUGGACGUUUCAGAACACGGCGAUGCUGUUCACGGACAUGGGAUACGCGGCCUGCGCGUCGGAUCUGGAGGGCCACGGCCGGACGCAAGGGUUGAAGGGCUUCCUGCCGGACGUGCAGGGCGCGGCGGACGACUGCCGCGAGUUCUUCCAGCGCGAGCGCGAGCGGCCCGAGUUCCGCCGCAUUCCGGCCUUCCUCUACGGCGAGUCGCUGGGCGGCGCCAUCUGCUUGCUGAUCCACUUCCGGGAGCCGGAUCAGUGGGACGGCGCCAUCCUGGCCGCCGCAAUGUGCAAGAUUUCGGACGGAAUGCGGCCGCCGUGGCCGGUGGCGGACGUGCUGGCCUGCGUGGCGCAUGUGUUCCCGACCUGGGCCAUCGUGCCGAGCAAGGACCUGGUGGACAAGAGCGUGAGCAACCCGUACAAGCGCGAGCUAGCGCGGCGCAACCCGGGCCGCUACGCAGGCCGGCCGCGCCUGGGCACGGUGGUGGAGCUGCUGCGCGUGACGGCGCUGCUCGGCCACCGGCUGCAGGACGUGGACCUGCCGGUGCUCAUCAUCCACGGCGACCGCGACGUGGUGACGGAGCCGGCUACCAGCGUGGCGCUGUUCGAGCGCGCCCGCAGCGCCGACAAGACGCUGAAGAUGUACGCUGGCAUGCGCCACUCGCUGCUGCAGGGCGAGCCCGACGCUAACGUGGCAAUCCUGCUGGCCGACAUCUCCGCCUGGCUCCGCCUCCGCGUCCAGCGCUGGACUCCCCCGACCUCAUGAUCCUCUCGAUCCUUUCUCAUGGCGUGCCAAAAUUCUGAAAUUCUCCGACUUCCGAUCGACAUUUCAUAGCUCUUGCUCGGGCGAUUGUUUGACCGACAUCUCCGCCACCGCGUCCAGCGCUGGAGAUCCUCGACCUUUUGAUCCGGCGUCGAUCGCUCUCAUGGUGUGCCAAAAUUCUGAAAUUCACUGACUUCCGAUUGCGAUUGACAUUUCAAAGCUCGUGAAAUGUCACUGCUUCGUUCGGUGUCAUCUUUCGAGCGAGGAGUUCGAAUCUUCUUCGGGCCGCCAAUUUGUAGAUAAUUCACGAAGCAGACGCCAAUCGCCGCCGCCGCAGCAGCAAGAGCAUGAUGGAGGAGGAGGUAGAAGAGAAGUGACAUUUGUCUGGAAUCGGGGCGCGCGAUGAAACUCUUUCUGUUUGCGUUUUGUACAAAUAUAAUAUUUUAGGAGGUCGGAAGGUCGAAAGGUCGGAGCGUUUCUUUCGACGGAGUUGCGUACGAAGUUUGUGCAGGUUACGAGCGGUGUGAAUUAGGGAGGUUUUGGCUGCAGGCCUGGUGAUAGGCUUUAGGGGUGGAUAGAAAGCACGACGGAAAUGUGGAGUUUGUAAAUGAUGUCCUCGCGCCGAGGGGCUGUGAUGAAAGUAUACCCGACUAGGUGGCAGGCGAUUUCGUGGAGAGAAGCUCAUCUCGGAUCAUCCGUUCUUUUUGUAAAUUGGUUUUGACACUGCGACGGUCCAAUCAGUGAGCAUCGGUAGGAUUCUUUCUAUUUUUUUCUAGAAUAAAAGUAAAAUCGGAGCUGUCUCUCACAAUGUUCGCCAUGGCUUCUGCACGUUUUCUGUAGGGGAAAACAAAGUUCCUCUCUUGGUCUCUCAAUCCUUCGAACAUCUUGAACGCG